AUGAUGAAGAGCAGAGACCACGGGGGCCUCAGGAGACAACUUCCUCUGGACACCUGUGUGUGGGAGGAUCACGGCACAGAGUGGGACAGCAGGACAUCAAGGAUGCUGCCUCUCUCCCUGAUGCCAGCCCUGCUCCUCCUCCUCCUCAGCCCCACCGGUGACACCUCCGAGCCGGCGCUGGCGCCGUUCCCAGAGAUACGUCUCUCCAACGGGCCCAGCCGGUGCCAGGGGCGGGUGGAGAUCCUCUACAACGGCUCCUGGGGGACAGUCUGUGAUGAUGACUGGGACAUCGUGGAUGCCAACGUGGUGUGUCGCCAGCUGGGCUGUGGCCACGCCAUCACGCUGCCAGCUGCCAUGACCUUUGGCCAAGGGACUGGACCCAUCUUCUUGGACAACGUGGACUGCAAGGGAUGGGAAGCAGCCUUGAGCGAGUGCUGGAGCCACGGCUGGGGCAUCCACAACUGCUACCACUAUGAGGACGUGGCCGUCAUCUGCAAUGAGUUCUCACCCACCCAAGCCAGUGAAGGACCAACCAGCAGGACCCUCACGGCCUCAGUACAGGAUGGGGAAAGUGACGGCACCAUCCGCCUGGUGAGCGGGCCUGACACCUGCCAGGGCCGGGUGGAGAUCUUCUACCGGGGUAACUGGGGCACGGUCUGCGACGACGACUGGGGGCUGAGCGACGCCAGCGUGGUCUGCAAGCAGGUGGGCUGUGGCCAGGCCCUGGACUUCAAGAGCAACGCCUACUUCGGCUACGGCACGGGACGUAUCCUCCUGGACAACGUCAACUGCGAGGGCAACGAGCCUUUCCUCUCUGCCUGCUACAGCCUGGGCUGGGGCAUCCAUAACUGUGGCCACCACGAGGACGCCGGGGUCAUCUGCACAGGGCUGGACACAUCCACCAUCACGUCCUUCACCACCUCGGUGGCCCUGGACUAUGAAGAGACACUCACUGCCACAGCCACAGCAGUGACAGACAGUGGAGACCAGCCCUCCCAGGCCACCGAGGUGGUCACCACCGCCCUCCUCACUGUUGAGCAGGAAAGCGGGGGGGUCCGGCUGGCCAACGGCAACGGGACCUGCCGCGGCCGGGUGGAGGUUCGGCACGGGGGGCUCUGGGGCACCGUUUGCGACGACGACUGGGAUUUCCCGGACGCCCAGGUGGUGUGUCGGGAGCUGGGCUGUGGCCAGGCCCUGGCUGCCACCGUCCUGGGCUCUUUCGGGUACGGCAGCGGGCCCGUCCUGCUGGAUAACGUGGGCUGCGGCGGCGGGGAGGCCAGGCUGGCCGACUGCUUCCACCUGGGCUGGGGGCAGCACAACUGCGGCCACCACGAAGAUGCCGGGGUCAUUUGUCGAGGUGCUGAGGAUGCUGGAGAGCAUUUCCAAGAAACCACUGCAAGGACCACCACGUCAGCCCCUACCCGUCCCAAGGAUGGUUCCCUGCGCCUGGUGAACGGCAGCCACCGGUGCGAGGGGCGGGUGGAGAUGUUCUACCUGUCCCAGUGGGGGACGGUGUGUGACGACGCCUGGGACCUUCGGGAUGCCAAGGUGGUGUGCAGGCAGCUGGGCUGUGGGCACGCCCUGGCAGCCUGGGGGGAGGCACGCUACGGGCAGGGCACGGGCUACAUCUUCCUUGACAACCUCAAGUGCAAGGGCCACGAGCCCUCGCUGCUGCGCUGCUCCCACAUCCGCUGGGACGUUCACAACUGUGACCACUCCGAGGAUGCCGGGGCUGCCUGCAGCAUCCUAUGA